UCGGGUGUAUGGUAAAAACAUUGAGCAUGAUAAAUAUUUUCUGCCAUGGAAUAUCGUCUUGUUUUUAUUUUUUUGAUCUUGUUAGGUUUUAAACAAACUUUUGGGCUUCUAGGGCACAAAAAGUUGAAAUAUUACGAAGUAGUGGACUCGUCUCAAGUCAGACAUGUUAUACAAAAGAGGAGCACAGACGGUAGAAAGGAUUUGUCUUUAUCUCUUCUUGGAAGAACGUUUGAAUUGUCUCUCAUACCAAGACCAGAAUUAUUUUCACAGAAUUUUGAAGCAGUAACUGUGGGUAGUGAUGGUACUGAGAAAGAGUUCAAGGUCAAUAAAAAUGAUUUCUAUCAUGGAUAUGUGAAAGGUGCAACCAGUCCUUCUUCUGUGACUAUGGAAAUUGAUGAUGAUAUGAUAACAGCGGCCAUUGAAAUUGAGGAAGAUACAUAUCAUUUGGAGCCUGCUGCUGGUCAGAUAGAUGGUGAUAUUGCAAACAAGAUGAUUGCUUAUAGAAAUUCAGAUGUCAUUUGGAAUGUGACAUUUGCCGGAAAUCAUACCCAAAGACAAAAAUACUGUGGAAUGAUUGAUGCUGGCAAUAGAACUGAAACAAAUAACAAUUACCAUGAAAUGAGAUCUUCUCGAAAACGUCGCUCCUUAAAAAUUAAACGUGACUGUAGUUUAGCUCUGGUGGCAGAUUAUCGGUAUUAUAAACACAUAGGAAGAAACAGCAAAAAGAAGACAUUGUAUUCAAUGGUCGGAGUUAUAAAUCGUGUUGAUCAGAUAUUCAGAAAUACUGACUGGAGCGAUGAUGACAAAGAUCCUUAUAAAGAUUUUGGUUUUGUUAUCAAAAAGAUAAUUGUUAAUGAAGCUCCAACAAAAAACUAUAACAGACAAUCAAACAGACCAUGGAUGGUUAAAGAGCUAUUAUUGCAAUUCAGUCGUGAAGAUUGGUCAGACUACUGUUUGGCUCAUUUGUUUACGUAUCAAGAUUUUCGUGAUGGUGUUAUAGGUCUUGCUUACGUUGCUCAUGCGGACCGGAAUUCCCGCGGUGGUAUUUGCAGUGCAGUGGAUCGAAAUCUCUAUCACAACACGGGACUCAGUAGCUCAAUAAACUGGGGAAAUCAGUUGCUGACAUCGGAGUCAGACAUUGUCACAGCUCAUGAAUUUGGUCACAACUUUGGCAGUGAACAUGAUGUUCAAGAUGAUCCCUUGUGUUCCCCUGAAAGUAAUGGAAAAUUCAUAAUGUAUCCUGCAUCUGUUUCGGGACAGAACACAAACAAUAACAAAUUUUCAAUAUGCAGUCGCAGGGCUGUCAAAGCCGUUUUGGAAUCAAAAUCUUCACUUUGCUUUGAUGUUCCAAGCUCUGGAUCGUUCUGUGGAAAUUAUCGCGUGGACAGCGGUGAGGAAUGUGACCAAGGAGAAGGUGAAAAUGAUAAGUGUUGCAGAAAUUGUAAACUCAUUGGAGACGCCAAAUGCAGUGACACAAACUCGCUUUGUUGCUCAGAUUGUCAAUACGCGUCCAACACAACUCAAUGUAGGCAAGCCAAGCCUUUAGUUUGUAAGAAAGCUUCAUAUUGUUCGGGGUUUUCUAAGGAUUGUCCAGAAGCUCAAUCGGUUGAAGAAGGAACUUCAUGCAUUGAAAGAGGAAAAUGCAGCAAAGAUGGUAAGUGUGAUCCUUUCUGCAAACGUUUUGGGGGAGAGCCUUGUCUUUGCAGCAAUGAAGAAGAUGCUUGUUAUGUGUGUUGCAAAAAGAAGGAUGAACCUUGUGUCGUUUAUCGCAACGGCUCAUUAGAAAGCCGACUGCCUUUAAGUGAUGGACGCUUGUGUUCUGCAGGAGUCUGUAGUGGUCAAAAAUGCAGGAAAACAGCACAAGACAUAAUCACUCGACUUCAAGAUUUCUUGGACACACUCGGAGAUCCCAGCAAGUUUGGUGAACUUUUAAAGGACAACAUUGUUGGAACUGUUAUAAUCUUCUCCCUACUUUUGUGGAUACCUAUAAGCUAUGUCGUGCACAGAAUUGAUAAAAGACGUGAUAAGCAAGCUCAGGAAUUGGCCAGAUGGCAAGAUAUCGCGAACCACGAUUUGAUUCGACAACCGAACAAGCGUCGUGAUAAUUUUGAUGUUGUGUUCAAGAAAGACUCCGUACUUAUACGUGACAGCCGGAAGGCGAGACCAAGAGGCGCUACCUCCCCCAGACAGUGGGGACCUACUGUGGAGUGAAAUCAUACUACAUUGCUUUAGAAAAUGCAAGACGACUAAAAGUAUUAUAAAUAACCUCAAGACGUUUAUUUAUCCAUACACUAUUAAUGAAAAUGUACAUUGAUGAGAAAUUGAUAUUCAUUGCAAUCUUAAAUUGAAAUUUAGGAAAACUCUUA